AUGGUGAAAUCAGACGUGCGCAAAGAUUACUAUGCGGACCUUGGGCUCCAGCCCAGCGCGGAGCCUGAAGAGAUCAAGAAACAAUUCAGGAAAUUAGCACUCAAAUACCACCCAGACAGGAAUCCAGGACGAGAAGUCGAGUUCAACGCUAAAUUCCAGGCCAUCCAGGCUGCCAAUGAGAUCCUCAGUGACCCCUCCCAACGACUGAAAUACGACACCGAUCGUCUCCGUGCAGGCUACGGCAAGUUCUACGGACCGCCCAAGGCAAAUACCCAGCGCAAAACACAAAACCCCACCUACCCUCCUCGAGCUGCGCCAACUGCCUCGACGUCUGCAAGUCCACAGUAUGCAAAGGCAGCCCCGAGUACCCCGUCAGCUGGCGCUCGACGAUACGCAUCCCAUGCGCGUGCCGGUCCGCAACAAUUCAAACAACAAGACAGUGCGCAAACAAGGGCCGAUGCAUUCCGUGGCUUUAACAAUAUGAGAGGAAAUCAGGCUGGAUGGCAGGACUUCGAUCCUGCAACUGGUCGUGCCACCGGUGGUGUCCCAGGCCCUGGGGCACAGCGUCAUCCUUUUGGAACUUCUGCGCAAUCGACCCGGCCCAAGUCUGCCUUUGAAACUCACAACUCCCAUUCGAACGCACAAUCUUUCAAGAAGAAGCAAGGCUUUGCGCCAGGGGUAGCUGGAGGAGACGAACCGAUGGCCCGGAACACCUCUGCUUAUACGAAUAACAGUAGGGCUGAACGAACGAGCAGCCAAUACUUCAAGUCUGCGCCGACACCAACUGCGAAGAAACCAGCAUCACCUGAGCCGUCUCGGCCUAGUUCUCGCAAUUCAUACACUCCGGAGUUCGAACGGCCCAGUCGAAGCUACGCCCAGGCAGGCAAGGGUGAGAAGACUUUCUUUUCAAGCACUGGACUAGGACGUUCUGCGACCAUGCGUACCCCAUCAGGUUCUUCUCAUCAAAAAAUGCAUACAGGUAAAACCAGCCCUUCCUCCGGCCGAUCUGGGAGAUACCGUAGCGCCAGCCCCUCGCCCAGGCGGAACCACAACAACUAUGACUCUACCAGCUCGAGUGAAGGGGAAGAGACUAUGCCCAAGCCGAAGGCUGUACCAAAGAGUCGACUCGGACCGCAUCAAACGUUUGCCGACUUCUACAACAGAGGAAAAGCAAGCCCUGGAAAUGGUAUGGACUUCACCUCCUUCCUCCGCACGAAUGGUCUUGAGGCCGUCAAACUACCAGAUGGUGGCUACAAACUCCGUCCGAUUGCUCGAAAUUGGCUCCCUAAUCAACGUAAUCCUGCUGACACGGAUCGCCCUGAAGGACACACCUCAGAUAGUGCAGCUUUCCCAAAAAGCUCAUAUAGAUCGGACCAACAGCCCAACCCGUCGGGUUCUUCCUCUUCGGUCAAGUAUGUUCGGUGCACCUAUUCUCAAGUUUCGCCUUAUCUGACUGACACUGGUAUUAGCACCGAUCCGGCAAACAAUGCGCAAAGGCCUCAGUCUGCCGCAUAUGCACGCAGCAGCACAAGUGACUUGCACAAGAAGUUUUCUGCGGAUGAUUGGCGGGCUCAUUUGGGUCAGUUCGAUUUCAUGGGCUCUGCGUCGCAAAACAAGGAGGCACUCCCGAGAUCGCCCGCCUCGCAGAAUCGGGGGCGCACAAGCAAUCGAAGCGGCCAGAGACAAACCUCCUCGACUAGAUCACCGCUUCCGAAUCCUUUCGGUCCUACUCCUCUCUAUCAAGCUUCACAGUCAACACAGCAACCACCAACACCCUUUGCACAAGCAAAGUUCUCCGCAGAUUCGUGGUCUGAGCAGCUUCGAAAUAUGUCAUGGACUGUAUCAGAAGCCGAGAAAGCCAAACAAAAGGCAAACGCUGCACCACCUAGGAGUCCAAAGAAACAGCCUAGAGCAGGCACCAAAUUGCGGAGUGUUCCACAGCCGGCGAGCGUUGGUACUGAAGCAGACGAAGCUAAAGAAACUGUCAAUGGCCAGGCUCCUCCAGGGCCAGCCUGGACAGCAACGCCGGAAGUUGAGGAGAUGGACCUGGAUGAUGACCUUCCUACUCCUCCGAACAUACCGCCCAAGGUCCCAGCUGGAAGACCAAGCAAUGGCAGCCAUCCCGAUUUGGCAUCUCAGGCUGCGCCAGAUGCACCUCCAGUCAAGAAGUCUAAGCCUCAAAACACAGACCCCCGCACUCCUCUAUUCAACCUCGAGAAUCUCCGCAAUACCGCACCGUUCACCAAUACGACAAGCGGAGGUAUCGAAAAUCUUGAAGACUUCCACACAACUCUCCCCUUCGAAUCCCAAGCCAAGCAGCAACGGACCACAAGAAACGACAUCCGCCCUCGUGUACUUCAACUUCCAAACCCUCCCAAGCGACCUACAGCCCCGAAACCAGUCUUCCAAACGCUGACCUCUAAGCAUCCUGUCCUCCCCCGGGAUAAAUGGAACUGGUACGUAUCGGCAAUGGGAACGUACAUGCACGAAUGGAAUGCGUUCAACAGCCGCAUGCUCACCCACUUCAAUGCGCGCCAAGAAGCGAAUGAAACCGGUCUCGCGCCAGGCUGGAUCAGCGCCGUUGGAGACUCUACUCGUCUCAAACUCAACGGUACGGAUGAUGAUAGCAACGAGGGCACACCCAAGGCCCGUAAGGAGCCUGAUGAUCAUCACGGUGAUGAAUUCCUCGUCCCUGGCAGUAGCAAGGGCGGCUUCAGUGCUUAUCUCCGUGGUGUCGAGGAGGACAUCCAGGUGCGCAAGCAUUGGGACGUUGCAUGUGAGCUGCACCGUGAAUGUAUCAUUGAGCUUGGACGGCUGAGAGAGUGGAUUCGGGAUGGUGGGAAGGUGGUUUGA